GCGCCCGAGGUGGAGCGGAACGAGGGCGCCGAGGAAGAGGCAGAGGCUGGGCCGGAGUCCGAGGUAAGUGCCGAGCCGGCGGAAGAGGCAACUCUUCGUCCUGCCUUGUCGCCCCCGCCGCCUUCUACUGAGGAUCCGGCGCAGCAGGUCGAGGCCGAAACCCCGGGAGAGCAGGCUAGCGAGCAGUUUGCAGAGGAGGCCGGGCCCGAGGGCAGCGCUGCCGAGGCCGAGCCCCGCGCAGUGGAAAACGGCGACGCGGAUGAGCCCUCCUUCAGCGACCCCGAGGACUUCGUGGAUGACGUGAGCGAGGAAGAAUUGCUUGGUGAUAUACUCAAAGACCGACCUCAGGAAGCAGAUGGAAUUGAUUCAGUGAUUGUAGUGGACAAUGUUCCUCAGGUGGGACCUGACCGACUUGAGAAACUCAAAAAUGUCAUCCACAAGAUCUUUUCCAAGUUCGGUAAAAUCACAAAUGAUUAUUAUCCUGAAGAGGAUGGAAAGACAAAAGGAUACAUCUUCCUGGAGUAUGUGUCUCCUGCCCAUGCUGUGGACGCUGUGAAAAACGCUGAUGGCUAUAAGCUUGACAAACAGCACACGUUCCGGGUCAACCUCUUCACCGAUUUUGACAAGUACAUGACGAUCAGUGAUGAAUGGGAUAUUCCCGAAAAACAGCCUUUCAAAGACCUGGGAAAUUUACGUUAUUGGUUGGAAGAGGCAGAAUGUAGAGAUCAGUACAGUGUGAUUUUUGAGAGUGGAGACCGGACUUCCAUAUUCUGGAAUGAUGUGAAGGACCCCGUCUCAAUUGAAGAAAGAGCGAGAUGGACAGAGACGUAUGUGCGUUGGUCUCCCAAAGGCACCUACCUGGCCACCUUUCAUCAGCGAGGCAUCGCUCUCUGGGGGGGUGAGAAAUUCAAGCAGAUCCAGAGGUUCAGUCACCAGGGGGUGCAGCUCAUCGACUUCUCACCUUGUGAGAGGUACCUGGUGACCUUUAGCCCCCUGAUGGACACUCAGGAUGACCCUCAGGCUAUUAUCAUCUGGGACAUUCUCACUGGGCACAAGAAGAGAGGUUUUCACUGUGAGAGCUCAGCCCACUGGCCUAUUUUCAAAUGGAGCCAUGAUGGAAAGUUUUUUGCAAGAAUGACGAUGGAUACCCUUAGCAUCUAUGAAACUCCUUCUAUGGGUCUUUUGGACAAGAAGAGUUUGAAGAUCUCUGGAAUAAAAGACUUUUCUUGGUCUCCUGGUGGGAACAUAAUAGCCUUCUGGGUGCCUGAAGACAAGGAUAUUCCAGCCAGGGUGACCCUGAUGCAGCUUCCUAGCAGACAAGAAAUCCGAGUGAGGAAUCUCUUCAAUGUGGUGGAUUGCAAGCUGCACUGGCAGAAAAAUGGAGAUUACCUGUGUGUUAAAGUAGACAGGACUCCAAAAGGAACCCAGGGUGUUGUCACAAAUUUUGAAAUCUUCCGAAUGAGAGAGAAACAGGUACCUGUCGAUGUGGUUGAAAUGAAAGAAACCAUCAUAGCCUUUGCCUGGGAACCCAAUGGCAGUAAGUUCGCUGUGCUCCAUGGAGAGGCCCCGCGGAUAUCAGUUUCCUUCUAUCAUGUCAAGAACAACGGGAAGAUUGAGCUCAUCAAAAUGUUUGAUAAGCAGCAGGCAAACACCAUCUUCUGGAGUCCCCAGGGUCAGUUUGUCGUGUUGGCUGGUUUGAGGAGCAUGAACGGGGCCUUGGCAUUCGUUGACACCUCAGAUUGCACUGUCAUGAACAUCGCAGAGCAUUACAUGGCCUCUGAUGUCGAGUGGGACCCCACUGGACGCUACGUGGUCACUUCUGUGUCCUGGUGGAGCCAUAAGGUAGACAAUGCCUACUGGCUGUGGACAUUCCAGGGACGCCUCCUGCAGAAGAAUAACAAGGACCGCUUCUGCCAGCUGCUCUGGAGACCUCGGCCCCCAACACUCCUCAGCCAGGAGCAGAUAAAGCAAAUUAAAAAGGAUCUGAAGAAAUAUUCGAAGAUCUUUGAGCAGAAGGAUCGUUUGAGCCAGUCCAAAGCCUCAAAGGAACUGGUAGAAAGGAGGAGAACCAUGAUGGAAGACUUCCGGAAGUACCGGAAAAUGGCCCAGGAGCGCUACAUGGAGCAGAAGAACGAGCGUCUGGAGCUGAGAGGAGGGGUGGACACGGAUGAGCUGGACAGCAAUGUGGAUGACUGGGAGGAGGAGACCAUUGAGUUCUUUGUCACAGAGGAGAUCAUUCCCCUUGGGAACCAAGAGUAACCGGAGCACUGUGGUCACUGUGCCGGGCCCUUGCAUAAAGCCCUCCUACAGAAGCCUGCACAUCUCCUGGUUUUUACCUGUGCUUUCUUUUACUCUGGACUGUGAACACACCUGGGAUCCUUCCAUCUCGACACAAUCUUGUGCCUUUAAGCCCUGGUGUCCACAGUGGGCAGUUUUAAGGCACUGCUUUCACUUUGUCCUGUUUGGAUGUCACCACCGCCAUGUUUGCGCCUGGACUCCGGCUGCAGCGCUCCCAAGGCUGCUCCUGCUGUGGUGGUGUUUCCAGGGGUCACUGCAGCUGAGUGGUUACUCUGUCCGAGGACUUGUUUCCCCUGUGUGGGCCUGUGUGAGGUGCAUCCUGGAGACCAGCAGGGAAGAGCCACCAGGUGUCCAGGAAGUACUGCCUGCGCCUGCCCUUUGGGGUUGGCAGUUGCUCUUGGCAGGCUGAGCGUGGAAAUAAAGCAAACCUGUAUGAACAAGCUGUCUUUCUCCUCUUUGCACAUAGAUCAUGGCCUUGACCCUGGUGCCUGUUCCCUCCCCUGUGGUAAGGGUCUUUGGCCAGCCAGGCACAGUGCCCUCUGUCCUUCGGCACCCAUAGGUGCCCUGCAGGGACCCUUCAGGCAGCCAGCUGGGGAGUCUGUUCCUGCCUUCUCUGACCACGAGUUAGUCCAUUGGGUCCAAAGUGAAGUUUCUUGGAUUCUUGUUUUCUAUGAAGAAACAUUUCACCUGACGAGAACUUUACAGUUAGACAAGGUGGAAAGUUUCAGGUGCUUGUGUCUUCUGAGUGUUAGCCUCUCCUGCCAGGAAGGGCAGGAGCAGCCCCUGGUUUGGCUCAGUCCUGCUGUGGUGCUGCAGCUGUCUGCCCUGUGCAUUAUGGCUUCCCCUCGCCUGCACCUCAUGAUGCUGGAAUCACAGAGGGCCACUGAGGAUCUGUUGCCAGGGACAUUGCAGGCCCAAGGCCUGCUCAAACUUGCAGGACAGUCUGGUCUCAGGGCAGGGGACAGAGCCAAGUGUGGCCCUUGAGAAACUCCAGGAAUUCUGUACUGAUGUCUGCCCCCUGGGCUCAUGAUCAGGGCCUCCAUCCUGGCUGGUCCUUUGAAUAAGGGAUGCUUGGUGCUCUUCCUUUCUCCUGUGUCUUCAUUUCACUUCCUCAAGUUCCUCUAAGAUUCUGUCACAGUUGGGAUCCUGCCAUUCAGCCCUUCCCAUGCCCUUCACACAUUUUACAGCAUGGCCAUUCCCGUGUUUUAAUGUGCCACGGCUUUCUGAUUUUAUGGCAGUGAGAAAAAAGCAUACAGGUCUAUCAAAUUAACAGA